UAUUUUUAGUUUUAGUUUGUUUUCAUCUGUUGGUGUGUACAGCGGGCAUGUAUCAUUUCGUUUCGUUUGGCUCGAUUUUUUUUAUUUUUGUUGUGAGCGUUAACAGUGAUCUUUAUUAUUUUUAUUGCUGUUUAAUGCGCAUCUGAACCCGCUUGCCCGCACCCUUAAUCACGCAUCGCAUCUACUGGCUAUAAAUUCGACUUUCUUAUGCCGUGGCCAUUGCUAAUUACAACAUGGCUAUAACACGUAGAACAUUGAAUACACCGGUCUGUAUAGGCCAAGCUAAACCACCCUGCCCAUCAAUGCCAGCAUAGCCAAGAGCCAUGCCAAAACAAGCAGUCCGUCCCAUUAGCACCUACGAUAACCUGGGCGCGACUCAACAGCUGCAGUCGCACGUGGACUGUACUUCCACUAUGCUUAAGCCAGAGUUGGAGUUGGAGCCGAAGCCCACGGAAAGUGGAACCAGCCACAGCAUAGCCGCGGUCAAGGCGGCCCUUAACGACGCCAAGUCAAAGUUCUUCGGGAUAAACAGUUGUGAGUCACCGGUCGCUAUAAAGCAGGAACCCAAAUACCAGAACGUUCCUCAGCGUGACUUUCUACAGGAAAAGUCGCCGCCUGUCGCUGCAGUGGUAAUAGUGUCUAAUCCCACUACUGUUCCUUUAAAGGACCUGCCGGAAAAGACGCUAUGCAAUUCUACCGUGUACGAAGAAAUUCCCCUAAGAGACUUGGACGCUUUACAACCAUCCCAGGCCGUAUACAUGAGCACCACAGUGCCACAGAACAUAAAAUCAAUGAAGAUCGCUGGACGUCAUACGCCCACCCGAAACAGCUUGAGGCACAGCCGCAUGAUUGUUGUGAAUCAUCACAACCAUGACAGCACAAGAUGGGGACGUAAAAUUCAUAAGGGACGAAAUUACUAUAUCCAAAUUAUUUCUUAAAAUAAAAAUAUUCAACUGUAAGGAUAAAUAAGCUUCAGCUUCGCCCUAAAUUAACUUUCUUUAUUGUUAUAUGGGUACUUCAGUGAUAACUUUGCAGUUAUGUUACUAAUAAUUAUACUUAGUAUUACUUAUUAGUUAUAUAUAUUACAUUGCAGAUAAAUCAUAUGUUACUAUUAGUUGCGCUAGUCCCUUUAUAUUUUCAUAAGCUCCAAAUAUGAUUUCUAAAGUACGAAAUUCGUACUACGAAUAUUCAAUUUUUUUUAAAAUAUACAAUGCAAAA